CCGCACGUGGGCGCCGCUCUGGGCACCGCCUCUUCUCGAUGCUCCGGCCGUGGGCGCGAUGGAGAGCGGGUGCUGGUGGCCCGGCGGCGAGUUCGAGGACUCGGUGUUCGAAGAGAGGCGGGAGCGGCGGCCCGGACCGCCCGCGCCCUACCGCGCCAAGUGCUGCGAGCCGCAGUGGUUUUACGAAGAAACGGGGAGCAGUGAUGAUGUUGAAGCUCUAACUGUCCAGAAGUUCAGAGGGGACCUGGCCUACAGACGGCAAGAGUACCAGAAGGCACUGCAGGAGUAUUCCAGUAUCUCUGAAAAGUUGCCAUCCACGAAUUUUGCCGUGAAAAGGGAUGUCCAGGAAGGCCGGGCUCGGUGUCUAGUUCACCUGGGAAGGCAUGUGGAAGCGCUGGAGAUCGCUGCGGACUUGGAAAAUAAAGCAACUAACACAGACCAUUUAACCACCGUGCUCUACCUCCAGUUUGCUAUUUGUUCAAGUUUGCAGAACUUGGAGAAAACAAUUUUCUGCCUACAGAAACUGAUUUCUUUGCAUCCUUUUAAUCCUUGGAACUGGGGCAAAUUGGCAGAGGCUUACUUGAAUCUGGGGCCAGCUCUUUCAGCUUCGUGUGCGUCAUCUCAGAAGCAGAACAAUUUCACCUCAAGUGAUAAAACUAUCAAAUCCUCCUUUCCACACUGGGGAAAACACCAUCUUUUGUGUUUCCCUGACACGUUGCCUGAGAACUCUUUGUUUCCCAUGGAAGCAAGCAGCAGUGAUAACCAGAAGAAAGAGAAAGCUCUUAAAAAUGUUCAAAUCUGUACGGCAGAAAAGAGAGAAGCAGUGUUGCUAGAGAAUCAGAUGAAAGCAUGUGCUUCUUUUAUACGAACCAGGCUCCUGCUGCAGCUCGCCCAGGCUCAGCAAGCCUCGUUUGCUUUGGAGAGGAACUUGAGGACUCAGCAGGAAAUUGAAGAUAAAGUGAAAGGGUUCAGCUUCAAAGAAGACGCUUUGCUGCUGAUAGCUGAGGUUAUGGGAGAAGAUAUUAUCCCAGAAAAACUAAAAGACGAGGUUUGCACAGAGGUGAAGUGCGUUGGCCCAGCAGCCCUGAGUGCCUUGGUGAUCGCAUCUUCAGAAGAAUUUGAAGACAAGUGGUUCAGGAAGAUAAGAGACCACUUGCAUGCCUUUGAAAAUCAGUUCCAUACAGAGAUACAAAUCUUGGCUUAGUGGGCUCUUUAAAAACAACACAAGACAUCUUGCACUGUAUUAAUUGUCCUUGUUUACUUCAGACAGAAUCCACUGCUAAUCAUGGAAGAUAGUGAAUUAAAAGUGACUAUUUAUGUUUUAUAAAAAUGGCUUCUCUCCCAGA